AUGCAAGCUUCCAGAGCGAAUACACCACUACCGGAGAAAUUUGGGAAGAUUAACCUAUUCACAGACCUCUCCUCUGUAACCAUGUUCAAGAGGUGCACCUUUGCACCCAUUACGGCAGCCCUACGAGCAGCGAACAUCCCGUACAAGGGGGGGCUCCCUGUGAAACUGAUGGUAAAACGCAGCAAACCCAUUUUCUCACCUGAGGAUGGCAAAAGACUGCUUCAAGAAUGGAACAUUCCGGUGACCUCGUACGAACCACCUACAUCCUUGUCAAAAGUAUCACCUAAGAAGCUUACUAAAGACUGGUCGAGCAUUUCAAGACCCCUACAGACCUUCACUGCCAGGCGGCCUCCACCUACCUGA